UAUUUCACGACAGCGUGCUUGAAAUCGGCGACAUUUCGCGGAAAUUGCGGUUGCGUUGCGGUUGCCACUUUCCUUUGUGUGCCCUCGCCCACAGAGAUCUCGAUAACAUUAGUUGAAAGUGCAGACUUCGAUUGUUACAACAUGGAAGUUGUAAAUAGAAUAAUGUGCAGGACGUCAGGGAUUUAUGGGCUUUUAUCGGCAAACUGUUCUCGCCACUGGAGUAGUACUGUGUCUUGUACAGUGUUCAGUCGUGAGGGUGACAGUGGAUAUUCAGUGACAAGUUCAGGAGAAAAAAGACCUAAAGAUGACAGAAUAUUCAAUGCAGUUGGUGCGACAGAUGAACUGUCGUCCUAUAUUGGGCUUGCACGUGAAUUUGCCAAGGAUGGAGAACACACAUACACCGAUAAGCUAAAAAGAAUUCAGUGCAUCCUUGUGGAUAUAAGUGCAUUAAUUCUGAAAUCCUCUAAACCAGAACAACAUGUAUGCCUCUCUACUAGACAUACAAAGGAACUGGAAGAUUGGAUUGAAGAGUAUUCUUGUCAACUACCACCCCUUGAAAAAUAUGUCAUUCCUGGAGGAGGUAAAGCAUGUACAUCACUGCAUGUAGCUCGAACAAUAUGUCGACGAGCUGAAAGACGUGUGGUGACACUUGUAAGGAAUGGGGAAGUUGAUAAAGAAGCCCAGGUGUACCUCAACAGGCUCUCGGAUUUCUUGUUAACGAUAUCAAGAUUUGCAUGCAAGACUGAUAAGAAAAAUGAAUCUAUCUACAUACCAAAACCUGAUGAAGAGUUCGUGUCAAAAAUGUGAGAAUGGCUUCUUAUAAUGUGUAGCAAAUUUAGUGAAUGGUGUAUUCACAGGUUCCAGUGUGUUAAUAUGUACAUAUUAUUUUGUGACAAAGACAAGGGUUUUAUAGGCACAGAUCAUGUGUUGUACUUAUUAUGAAUUAUGCAAAGAAAAAUAACCAAAAACAUGUACAGUAUUUAUUCACUGUGAAAUAAUUAUUGUGCAGAAUAUUAUUCAUGUUUCUAAU